AUGGGUUGGAUUACCUUUAUCUACUUCACUCUGUUGGCAAGGGCAAGAUGGAAUGACAGGGAAUUAAAGUUUGCCCGAACGUUGAUUUUUACUGUGGAGGAGAUUAACAGGGAUACUAAGCUCCUUCCCGGAGUGAGUCUGGGCUAUAAGCUGUACAAUGGCUGUGGGAGUGAGAACCUGCUGCGAGCAGCUGUAGAAGCAGUAAUUGGAGAAGAUUCAAAGGGCUGCAGUGAUCAGAUCCAGGCUCUCAUAGGCCAUUCGUCCUCUGGAGUGAGUGAAGACAUAAACACCAUACUAAGCCCGCUAUCUAUUCCACAGGUUAGCCAUCUUUCAACCUGUGCUUGCUUGAGUGACAAAAGACGGUACCCCACAUUCUUCAGAACUGUGCCAAGUGACCACUUCCAAAUCCUUGGUCUGGUGCAGCUUAUGAAAUAUUUUGACUGGCGCUGGGUGGGGAUUAUACAUUCGGAGGGUUUGUACUCAGCAGAAGGUACAGCUAAAUUCCACAUGGAAGCAAAGAAAGAGGGCAUAUGUGUUGAAUACACAUUACCCUACUCUAAAACAAGUCAAUUCAAGUUGAAAGCUAUUGUAAAGACACUGAGGGAGUCAUCUUCAAAGGUGGUCCUGUUGUUUUUGUCCUUGUCUUACACCAAACAAGCAGUCCUGGCUUCUGUCAAGAGAAAGAUCAUUUUACAGGGGGCAAUGGGCUUUGCCUUCCCUCAGACAGACAUACCAGGUCUUGAUGAAUUCUUACUCAGCCUGAAACCUUCGGAUGAACCACAUAGUACUAUAAUUAAAGCUUUCUGGGAGAAGUUCUUUGACUGCAGCUUCUCUCCAUCACAUACCACUACUAUGUGCACUGGCACAGAGGAUCUCAGGACAGUCUCCAGUGACUACACAGAUGUGACACAUUUCAGGGCUGAGAAUAAUGUAUACAAAGCUGUGUACUUGGUGGCAUAUGCCCUUCAUUCACUAUUGCAAUGUAAAAAUGGCUCAAAUCCCACCACGGGAAAGCCCUGUGUGAACAAGAACGAAGUUCACCCUAAGCUAGUGUUGGACCACAUUCACUAUGUGAACUUCACGACACAGAAUGGGGCCAUGGUUGUCAUUGAUGAAAAUGGAGGCUCGGUUGCCCAGUAUGACUUAGUUAACUGGCAGAUGAAAGAAAAUGGCUCUGUUGAGAUUGUCAAAAUUGGCCAAUAUGAUUCCUCUUACCCAGAGGGAGAAAAAUUCAAACUAAAAGACAACCUCAAAAUAGUUUGGGGAGGACACAGUCAUGAGGUGCCAAGAUCUGUCUGCACAGAACCAUGCCCACUAGGAACCCGUAAGGCCAUAGAUAAGUUUAAGCUUGUGUGCUGCUUUGACUGCUUUGAGUGUCCUGAGGGAACAAUAAGUAAUCAGACAAAUUCUCCAGACUGUUUGAUCUGUCCACCUGAAUUUUGGCCAAAUGAAAAAAAAGACAAUUGUGUUCUAAAACCAACUGAAUACCUUUCCUACAAAGAAAUCAUGGGAGCACUUUUAACUGGAUUUGGCUGUGUUGGCGUAUUUUUAUCUCUUCUGACAUCAAUAAUUUUUUUUACUCAUAAAGAGACUCCUAUUGUAAAAGCCAACAACUCUGAGCUCAGCUUCCUGCUGUUGUUCUCAUUAAAGCUGUGUUUCCUGUGUUCUCUGACCUUCAUAGGCCGGCCCACUGAGUGGUCCUGCAUGCUGCGACACACAGCAUUCGGCAUCACCUUUGUCCUCUGUAUCUCUUGUGUUCUGGGGAAAACUAUCGUGGUGUUAAUGGCCUUCAGUGCCACACUUCCAGCUAGUAAUAUGAUGAAAUGGUUUGGGCCUGCAAAGCAGAGGCUCAGUGUUCUGGCUUUCACACUCAUUCAAGUUAUAAUUUGUAUUUUUUGGGUGACAAUCAACCCUCCUCUCCCAAAGAGGAACAUGAAAUACUAUAAAGAAAAGAUAAUCUUAGAGUGUGCCCUGGGUUCAGCUGUUGGGUUCUGCGCGGUAUUGGGUUACAUCGGACUUCUUGCUCUCUUGUGUUUUAUACUUGCCUUUCUUGCUAGAAAGCUGCCAGACAGCUUCAAUGAAGCCAAAUUCAUCACCUUCAGCAUGCUAAUAUUCUUUGCAGUCUGGAUCACAUUUAUCCCCGCAUAUGUCAGCUCUCCUGGGAAGUUCACUGUGGCUGUGGAAAUAUUCGCCAUUCUGGCCUCAAGUUUUGGUUUGCUGAUAUGCAUUUUUUUCCCAAAAUGUUAUAUUAUUAUCUUUAAGCCAGAACAAAACUCAAAAAAACAUUUAUUGGGCAAAAUACCACCAAGAACUCUUUAA